CUUCGAUCAACAGACUCGUACGUACUCAAACCUAAUACUGUUUGGUACCAGCGAAAGUUGCUCGGCGAUUGAAUGUCGUAUAUGAAGUGGAUUGCCAUAAAUUGAAUCGUACUUGUAAUUCAUCAUCAUGUCGCUGUUAACAAAGCCCAAGACAGAAAUGAGCCAAGAGGAGCUGGCUAAGAGGGAAGAAGAAGAAUUCAACACUGGUCCACUUUCUGUACUCACUCAAUCAGUCAAGAACAACACACAGGUUCUAAUCAACUGCAGAAACAACAAGAAAUUACUAGGACGUGUCAAGGCAUUUGACAGGCAUUGCAAUAUGGUCCUUGAGAAUGUGAAGGAGAUGUGGACAGAAACACCCAAAGCAGGAAAAGGCAAGAAGAGGUCAAAACCUGUCAACAAAGAUCGCUACAUCACCAAGAUGUUUCUCCGCGGUGACAGCGUUAUCCUCGUUCUCAGGAACCCCCUAGCUACUGCGAAGUAGAAUCGUUACAUCACCAUGUGGUGACAGGAUUAUCCUCGGUUUCAGGAACCCCCUGGCUAUUGCGAAGCAGGAGACUAGUCGUUGUUCCUUGUAAAUAUUGUUGCCAGUAGAUCAUGUCACUACUGCUGCUAUGGUUCAUUUGGACUUUGUGAUCAGAAAACAUCAUCUACUAUUCCGAAGCCAACAAAACCUUCGUCCAUGCUCUUGGAUUUUUGUACUUCUUUUGUAAUGCUUCUUAAAGUGCCCCGUGUCUUCUAUUUUCUGAUUGAUUUGUUUAGUAACUGUUUAAAAUUGAGAUAUUCAUUUAAAUGUUUUGCAAGAUUUUUUUCCUGUUCGUCUUUGCCCAAAGGCCGCCAUGAAGGCUGACAGAGGCAUUGUUUUACAAGUGACUGCAAUGAAACUUAUUGCAAAAUGUAUGGUCAUACAAAAUACCAACAAAUCAAAGUUCCAAAAAGUUUAAACUGAUAUUCCCCCAUUUUGAUAUAUUGUAAAAGAAUUCAAUCAGAAGUAACGAAACAUAAUCAUGCUAAAUUUUUGUUAUUUUAGAUAUGUUUUUUUUUACUUUGGUUCCACCAAAGUUUAAAUCAGUUCUGAUAAUUCUGGAAACUUUGCUGUGUGGUAGAGUGGUCCUCCAAUAGUAGUACAUGUCGUGUAUUGAUCCUUUUCUUUUUUAUAAUUGUCAAGACAUUCUGAUAUUUCAUCUUUUAUGGAGACCAUGUUCACUGCACAGACACCAAUCCACUGUAUGUAGGUGUUACACUGUCAAUAAACGGCAUUGCCAAUUUGUACAUUCUGUAAAUCA